UGCUUUGAGCCCCCCCGUACCCCAUCAAGGAUGAAGUCAUGAUUUGCGACUAAAAAAGAUAUACUUAGGAACAGGAAGUCCGCUUCCAUUCGUGGCUGGAAUCCUUAGACUGUAAUAGGGCGAGAGCCAAAGUGUAUGUGGCGUGUGUUCCCCCAUUUCAUCAUCUGAAUCGGUUCCAACGACUGCAUGACGAGGCUCAAAACCUGUUUCGGAACCCCACAUGCUCACGUCUCCCUUUGAUUGAUCCCCCCCUUUACGUUCAACACGAAAGAUAUUCCAAGUCGUAGUGGAGGAUUUAGGUGCUGUAACUCUCAAUCACGAGGCUUAUGGCUCUCUCAACUCUUGGGUUACUCACGGUCGGUGCGAUACCGACGGUCAUCGGCGUUGCUGAAGCAAUUGACGCCCAAAAGAAGCAGAACCAGCAAGCGAAGGAGAGAAUCAAGUUCAAGUUGACGGCCGAGUUUUCACAUGAUGGCACAUCACCACCACAGAAUGCAUCCGUAGUAUUCAAGAACAACAAGCUCUACCUAAACCACCCGGCUUGCCCAGUGGACGGCUAUCCGUUUAACGGGUUCUAUUUUGGGUACCCGGGCCCAGAGAACCACCAGGGGCUAGUGGCGCCCAUAGCGGAUGAUCCGCCAAUGCUUAACUGGAUCUACGCUGACAAGGACACGGGGCUACUACGUCACGGAUCAAGAUCAGAGAGUGCCGGUCACACCAUUGGCCCCUGGAGUUGGACAGAAGAUGAGGAGUGGCUAGUACUCGAAAACGAGCAAUACUUCGUAGCAGUCCAGAAUGAGGAGGGCACAUGGAAUGUUUACUACGACAAGGAAGGAAACUUGGAUGAAGUCUUGGAUUGCGACGUGGUAGAUAUAAAUCUGCACCGUGAGCUUCAGCUUGGCGUAUCAAGCCGGUAUACGAGAGAUUAGGCAGCUGAGCCACCUCAAAGUUGUCGAAUAUCUUGGAUAAAGAAAGGGGAAUCUGGGUCUGGGAGAUGGUAGGAUCUAAUAGUGGCCUGAUAAUAAGCUGUAACUAGUUACUUCUAAUAUUACUAUCAAAUGCUUUAUGUGCUUGGUAUGCUUAGUCUGCAGUUAACCUUUUCUUAAGUGCACCUAAUAAUAU